AUCUGGCCAUUGUCAGAUGAGACACUUCAGGGGAUACCUCUCUUUCUCACACAACUUGUCAGUGUUAGAGCAGAGGACUGGAGACUAAAGACAGAUCUCUCUAGGUAUAACUUGGUGAAAGAGGAAAUUGUUGUCCUCGCCAACACAUAUUCUGCUCGCAUUGUUUUUGUCUGAAACCCAAUAGAUUGGUCUGUAUUACCCAAACGAUAAACUGAUUCUCGACUUCUCUACAGACAGACAUGGAUUUGGACCUGGGAGGGAUAUUUCUAGAGAAUAGCACCUAUAACUACGAUGAGGACUAUGUUUAUAAAGAGGAAUGCUCCCCUGAAGAUGGCGUUGGGGUGUGUUUUUGCACGGUGUUCCUCCCGAUGCUCUACUCCCUGACGCUGGUCCUGGGGCUAGUGGGUAACGUGCUGGUCCUGGUGGUUCUGGUCCAGAGGAGGAGUAGCUGGAGCGUGACGGACACCUUCAUCCUGCACCUGGUCUUGACCGACACCCUGCUGCUGGUCACGCUGCCCCUCUGGGCUGUUCAGGCCACUGGGGAAUGGAGCUUCGGGACCCCCCUCUGCAAGAUCACUGGAGCCAUGUUCACAAUCAACUUUUACUGUAGCAUCUUCCUGCUGGCCUGCAUCAGUCUGGACCGCUACCUGUCCGUGGUCCACGCGGUCCAGAUGUACUCUCGCAGGAAGCCCUGGAUGGUGCAGGCCAGCUGCCUGUCCGUGUGGCUCCUCUCCAUCCUCCUCUCCAUCCCCGACUGGCACUUCCUGGAGUCUGUGAGGGACACCAGACGAGACAAACAGGAGUGUGUCCACAACUACCCGUCUCUCUCCCAGUCUGGGUUUGACUGGCGCCUGGCCUCCCGCCUGCUCUACCACACGGUGGGCUUCCUCCUCCCAUCUGCCGUGCUGCUCUUCUGCUACUCCUGCAUCCUGCUGCAGCUGCAGCGUGGCUCCCAGGGCCUCCAGAAGCAGAGGGCCAUCCGGGUCAUCCUGGUGUUGGUGCUGGUCUUCUUCCUCUGCUGGACGCCCUACAACAUCACCCUAAUGGUGGACACCUUUCAGGGGAGGCCUGGGGAGCCUGUUUCUGGGUCCUGUGAGAACAGGAGGACAGCUCUGGAGAACACUCUGGUUGUCACGUUCGCUCUAGCCUGCCUGCACGCUUGCCUCAACCCAGUGCUCCAUCUCGGCCUGUGUAGAAACUUCCGGCAACACGUGCUGGAUAUGGUGAGGUGUGUUGAGGUGGUGCAGAACGAUCCGAAACUCUCACUAUGGGAUUCAGGUGUGGUUGAAGACUCACCUGACCAAGCAGAGGAGAUGGGGACGUUGAACCCAAUGACAACCAUAGGACAGGUACAGUCCACCCAGAGCUGAUGGGUAGGAAGAGGAUCCUAAUGACUAAUAUAGUAUGUCUUCCUGCCUUGAGGGGAAGUUGUAUGGGUCAUGGGUCUGGGGAUUGGUGGAUGACUGUGACCUGGGUCAUGAGAGAAAGACAUGCAUAGUAGAAAGUCCCUUAUGAGGACUGCUUUCUUUGAAUUGCACUUUAAUGGAAAACGCUCAGACUAAAUGUAUAUUUGUUUUAAGUCAGUGGGUUGUCUGAUCUUCACGUUUUGUUUUACCUAUCGAUGUCGUCCGGCUCUGGAGAAUCUGUUGGAAAGAUUCAUGCAUUAGUUAUUCAAACCUAUAUCUAUUGUAUUAUUAUUAUUACAGAGCACUUCACUGAAUGUAAUGGAUUUUAGAGUAAACAACGUUCUCAGCAGACACAUGCAUCAUACGUUUAGAUUGUUACACUCCCCUACAUAUUUAUUUGGAAAGUGAAGCUAAAACUUUUUAUGUGGCUCUAUACUCCAGCAUUUUGGAUUUGAAAUCAAAUGUUUUAUAUUUGUCACGUUCGUUAUAGUGAUGAGACCAAAGCGCAGCGUGAUUUGAGUACAUCUUCUUUAAUAAAGAAAGAACACUGAACGAACUAUACAAAAACAACAAAAUGAACGUGAAGCUAUAUAAUAAUAGUGCUGACACAGGCAACUAACUAUAGACAGGACAAAAAACAUAUAUCACCCUUGUCACACCCUGACCUAACCAAAAAUAAUAAAGAAAACAAAGAAUACUAAGGUCAGGACGUGACAAUAUUAGACAGUACAGCAUGUCACCUUUUAUUUGAGCAUGUCACCUUUUAUGACUACAUCAAGCAUGUGACUCUACAAACUUGUUGGAUGCGUUUGCAGUUUGUUUUUGAUGUGUUUCAGAUUAUGUUAUGUCGAAUAGAAAUUAAUGAUAAAUAUUGUAUUGUUUCAUUCUGGAGUCACUUUUAUUAUAAAUAAGAAUAGAAUGUGUUUUCUUCUAUAUUAAAGUGGCUACCAUGAUUACGGAUAAUCCUGAAUCAAUCGUGAUUAGUGAUGAGUAAGAAAGUUACAGAUGCACAAAGAUCAUGCCCCCAAGGAAUGCUAACCUCUCGCCAUUACCAAUAACAGGGGAGCAUAGGAUUUUCUGUAUGAUAUUUCGGAUAUUUAUGAGUAUGAUAUUUAUAUAUCUGUAACUUUCUCACUCAAUAUUAUUCAGAUUCAUUCAUAAUUAUCUGUAUGAAGAAAUCCCAAACUUUUCUCACAGAAUAUUGAAGUUUUAGUAAGACUUGUGUAUGUUACUGUUCUAUUGUGUAACUAUAAUGUUAUUUUUUUCAAUUAUAUACUGUUAUUUUAUUUUUCCAUUACUGUAUAUAAUUAAUGAAUAAGAGUAUGUUUCCCUUUUUACAACAAUUGUUUCACUUUUGAUUUCCUCAAGUCGGUGUCACAAUAUCCUGUAAAUUGACCCACUCUGGGGAAGCCCAAUGUUGUUUUACCAUUUCUACUGGCUGGUUUUACCCUGUCUGACAGCAGCAUGAGACAGGGUUUCCCACUCCGUCCCACACAGCCAUGGUUAAUCGAUAUCCGUCUGAAUACUCCACUGUUUAUUUUACUAAGAGAGGACUGUAGUGGGCAUUGUCAACCAGGUCACACUGUGGGAGAAGGCAAGAUAAGAGGAAACAGAAAAGAAGGAGGUGGAGAGAGAUAUAGAGAAAGAGAGAUGAUUUUAGGGUUGCACGGUGUGUGACUCACUAAUCCUUUGUUUUCAAUGCUAAACAUUGACAUACAAGUCAAUACAUGUCUUUUAAAUAGAAUGGGCUAUUUUUGAGCAGAUUAUGUCAUGUAAAUGAGUUGUAAAAGAAAUAUCCUGUAACUGUCAAGUUUGGACACACCUACUCAUUCAAGGGUUUUUCUAAAUGUUUUAUAAUUGUCUACAUUGUAGAAUAAUAGUGAAUACAUCAAAACUAUGAAAUAACACAUAUGGAAUCAUGUAGUAAGCAAAAAGGUGUUAAACAAAUCAAAAUGUCAUAGUUUUGAUGUCUUCACAAUUAUUAUUAUGCAUUGUAGAAAAUAGUAAAAAUAUAGAAAAACCCUUGAUUGAGUAGGUGUGUACAAACUUAGGACUGGUACUGUAUAUACUGUAUAUGUGAUUCAGAACAAAUUUGACAUGGAAUGGAACAGAAGAACUGACCUGGAAUAUUCAUGACAGAUCUUGACCCUAUUUGUAUUUUGGUUAAGCUGAAUGUCUGGUUUCCAAUUCUUUAGCACAAAACACAAUUUUAACCACUUUUCCUCCUUCCUGUUUUCGUUCAUGUUUAUACAUGUUUUGGUUUUGUUUCACUGUGUGAUAUUUCACCUCUUGUUUUCUAUGAGAUAUGGAGGACAGAGGAAUCAUGUGGCAGUAGAAGCAACACACCAAACUCAAGAUAUGACCUGCUUCCUGUUUCUCUUCCUGUAUCAGCUAAAGUAUAUGCCACUUUUCUCUUCUUGCUAAAAGGUGGUAGAGGCAAGCUGUUCAGUUGGACUGAAUGAUGCUGUCCAUUUAAGUCCGGUCACUCAACAUUGUUGAUGAUUAAGUUAAGCUAACUAAAGGCUGAAGUGCUUAUGAAGCUCUUGAAUGGAACAAGUGAAAGUUUUUGUUGCUACUGCAUGUCCUUCUAGAAUAAACAUUUAGGUGCACAGAUGCUGUAGACUGUCUCUUCGUCAUCUUGGGUGGUGACUUCUCAUAUCGCUCUUCACUCCUGUGUUAUAUUUAAUUUUUUGUGUGCCAAGCUUUGUCACCCCAUGUUGGUAAGCUUUACUUGGCUUCCUGCCACAGUAAAAGUAUGUCUUUUUCAGCUGAAAUCACAGAGAAUUUGGGUAAUUAUGUUAUCUUUUUGCAGACACUCUUUUCCAGAGCAAUUAGGGUUAUGUGCCUUGCUCAAGGGCACAUCUGCCGAUUUAGUUUUUUACCUAAUCUCCACAGAGACUCAAACCAGAGACCUUCCGGUUACUGGUGCAACACUCUUAACCGCUAGACUACCAGCAGGCCUACCAUGUUGUGUUUAGUGAGGUGGAAUGUUCAGAAUGUUUACAGAUAGAAAUGUAAUGUAUAGAGCUGACACAAUUCCCCAUUCUACAUGCCAGACAAUCAUACAUGUCUAUGAUUGUUCUGUGAUGUUGAAUCAUCCUGAACAGGCCCUUGUUGGUGGUGUGGCUAAAUCUCUGCUGAUCUGAGUGGCUUCCUCUAGGGGAUUUCGUUUUUGAUGUACAGACAUUUUUUUACCAACCAUUA